GCGUCUGAGACCAUCGGCGCCAUCUUCGGUCUACCUUAAGCGCACAAUGUGGCCAACGAACGCAAGCGUACCAGCCAGGCUUCCGUCCUCAUUCUCCUGCCGGGGGAUCGCACUCCGGCUGCUCAGCUUUGACACAGCAGCGUCACUUGUGAGACAACAGACGCACUCGGGCCAAAGCCUCAUCCGCACCCGCAGGAGAAGAUGUCCGAGCCCAACAAGUACCGAGAGUGGAUCCUGGAGACAAUCGACUCUCUCCGCUCGAGGAAAGCCCGUCCAGACCUGGAGAGGAUUUGUCGAAUGGUCCGGAGACGACACGGGUCAGACCCGGACCGAACCAGGACAGAACUGGAAAAACUGAUUCAAGAGCAGACCGUGCUCAAAGUUAGCUACAAGGGCUCCAUCUCUUACCGAAACGCGGCGAAGGUGCAGAGGAAAAGCAGAAAGAAGAGUGAGUUUACGGCGGCUGGCAGCGGCGGCGGCGGUGGCGUCGGCGGCGGCGCGGAGGCAGCGAGGGAGAGAACCAAACACGAUCAUCUGAACAACAACGGCGACAGUGCGCAGAGCUUCAGCGACCAGGAGGAGGCAGAGGAGUCGGAGCCCAGCCCAGAUCCCCACACUCAAACAUCAGCCAGCACCGCUGCCAAGAAGCUGAAGCCUGCCUCCAGCCCAAGUAGCGGAAACGGGUUCCUCUGCUGUGGCGCAACAACGGGCUGCGCCGUCGGGAGCGGCUGUAAAGAGGAGAAAGCAAGUGCAGCGAGAGACAAGAGAUUAGGAGAGCGGGGACUGGGGGGCUGCCCGCCGCCCGGUCCCGGACUGGGGACAAGCACAUACCACCAUGGCGAUGGCAGCAGGACAACGCCGGGAAAAGACGAUGCAGUUGGCGGAGGAAACGCGCCUCGUGUGUCCGGAGCUGACAGCCAGAACAAAACUUGCCCAGGGAGCGUCAGCAGCAGCAGCAGCAGCCUCCCUCCACAGCAGAGGCAGACUGCGCCCCACAAACCCAAACUUCGAGUCGGAGGAGGGGCAGGCACCAGAGCAGCGGGGAACCACGCCAACUCCAACCUGGGCGACAGACUGGUGGCUUCUGUUCGCAGUCUGUCCGAGAGGAGCCUCCGAGGGGCCCCCGCCGCCACUGCCACUGCCGCGACCAGAGGCCACAUAAAGCCACUGGGGCUCAAGGAGAUUUUGGGUUAUUUGAGCAGCCAGGAGCAGCUGUCAGAGGAGAAGCUGACCCGCGGCAAAGUCAAAGUGGUCAUGGAGAGAGAGGUGGCGAGAGGCAGGCUGCGCAGGACCCGCUGUGGGAACAUCACUCUUCCAUUGCGGGGGAUGGUGGUGGAGGAGCCGAUGCUGAAGAAUGCGCCCGCUGACAGACUUGUGAAGAGCGUACUGCAGGACCGGAGCACGGCGAGGAAGUUUAUGUUGCCACUGCAGCAACAGCAGCAGCAGCAGCAGCAACAACAGCAGCAGCAGCUGCCCUCCCCCUCUGCCCAGGAGGAAGAGCAUAUGGACACAGGCAGUGAAGAAGAUGAACGGGGAGAGAAAGAAGAAGAAGAAGAAGCAGCUGAGAGGGAGGAUGGUGAUCCCCGGAGUUCUGAUGAGGAGGGAGGACGAUCACCAGUAGCCAUGGCAACCGAACCAGGGCUCACUGAUAUACCUGCAGAAGAUCCUGAGAUUCAGGCAGCAUCAAAGCAGGGGAGCCCCCACCACCACCACCAGCAGCAGCAGCAGCAGCAGCAGCAGCACAGAGUUAAAGGGACGGAUUCCCUCAUCAGGGCUCUGUCCCCACCUGUCCAGGGAGCUUCACUGUCACAUUGCAACGGCGGACACCUGGAGGACAGCGCUGUCCUCACAGAUCCACAGAAUCAGCAGCAGUGUGAUCCAAUCAACCACACCUCCCCAGCCUUCAUCGCUAUGGAGUGUAAGACAGAGGUGGGUGUGUCGUCCUGCCUGCUCACACCCACCGCUUCCCCAGGAGACUCUGGCCUGUCUGAAGAGCGUGUGAUAAAUGGAGGAGUUAGCAGUGCAGGGUUUAAGAAGUCUGAGGAGGCCAGCGGAAGCCCGCUGGACUGGACAGUGUCUGAUGUGGUCAGUUAUUUCACAGCAGCAGGUUUCCCUGAGCAGGCAGCUGCCUUUCAGACCCAGGAAAUCGAUGGCAAGUCUCUUCUCCUCAUGCAGCGCGCCGAUGUCUUGACUGGCCUGUCAAUCAGGCUGGGCCCCGCCCUCAAGAUCUACGAGCAUCAUGUGAAGGUGCUGCAGAGAACACACUUUGAGGACGACGACUGCUAACAACGCACACGUGAAACGCCGCACAGUUACGUUUGUAUCAGCAUAUCGCUCAAGUUCUAUAAAAAUGCAUGCAUGAAAUACAGUAGGCUUUACUUUUUAAACACACACACAGAGACAGACAGACAGACAGACAGACUCUGUUUCUCUUCCUCUUGGUCGCCUACGACUGCUCUGGCCCACAAAUGUCGCACAGGCCGAAACGGGAUUUUCCUGGACAACAAGGACUUUCUUUUAAACGGAGCACGAAUGUUUGAGGGAGAAAACAGACAUCCUAAAGCUGUGACACAGAGGUGUUUUAAGACAGUCACGCAAUCUCUCUUUAUCGCUCCUCUUUUACCAGCGUCAAGCACUUUCUUGAUAAAACUGCGCAAGGUGGUUUGUCUCUAAACUCCAUUUUUAUUCAGCCUGAGUGGAAAUGAGUUUCUGUUUUGCGAGGAUUUCAUGCUGUGGCUCUUCCGAUGAACACCAUAGAGACAGACGAUGCUGGAUUAGAAGUUGACCAAAUGAAGUACAUUCCCAGGAACUGGACUGGAGGGUUUAUGGUAGUCCCCCAACGCCAGGAUGCAAUCUGAGUUCAUAAUCUUAUACAAACAACAAAACAAAACUGGUCAAAGCAAUAAUCUGAUAACUCCCCCGAGAUGUUUGACCUUGUCGUCUUAUUGAUCAGCAGGUAGUUGUUUAUUUUGUAGCUUCAUGUGUAUCGGCCCUUUUCCUCUAUGGUCCCAGCUCGCCUCGCCUCGCCUGGAGACGGCACAGUUUAGGUUGGUUUUCCACUACCAAAAUAGUACCUACUCAACGUGGGCAGUUUCACACACACAAACGAGUGACUAGUGAGUUGUAAAGCAGUUGUUUUCAGUGUAACGGAAUCAUUAGAAUCAGUUGAUUAAAAAUAUUUGUUCAGUACUUCGCAGCAGGGUUUGUGAUGCCACUCGACGCUCGCGAUCAGCAGUGCUGUCACUAAAUACACCAUGUCUAAAAUAUUGAGAUUUUAGACGUUUCCCUGGUCAUUUUUAUUUUAAUUAUUAAUAAUAAUAAUAAUAAUAAUAAUAAUAAUAAUAAUAAAAAUGUUUUUAAAUAAUAAUGAUAAUAUUGUUAUUAUUGUUAUUAUUAUUAUUGAUAAUAUUAACCCACGUUUUUAGGAUUGUUAAAGUCUGUUUAACUGAUCUACAGUCUGGCAUUGUUCGGCUUGAUUCCUGUGACGGCGCGCUGACCAAUCAGUGGCCGGCAGUCUGGCUAUGUCACGCACAGUAUCGCCUCAGCUUGCUUGGAACCUCGCCAGAGCAGGUACUGAAAAAGUACCUGGUACCUGGUGGUAUUUUAGCGGAAACACAACUUAACCGUGCUGUGCUGUGCCGAGGCGAGGCGAGGCGAGGCGAGGCGAGGCGAGGCAAGGCGAGCCGGUGGAGCGACACCAUAAGAUGAAAUUCUGUCGUCAACCUGCACAUAAUGUUUUUGUAACAGAGUUUGUUAUGGUCUGCUUAGCAGUCCGGUUUCACAAAGAUAGACUUUGACUGUGGCUUAUAUACAUCAGACACUGUUCUUUUCUUGUGUUGACACCCUAUCACCCGGCGAUGUUUACUCCAGCAGAAAUAAUAGCAACUGUUUUAUUUAUAUUGCACUUUUCCAGCAUAAGCACAAAGUGCUUUCCAGAUAAAUAAAAGGAACACAGAAUAGCAACGUGGGGAAGAAGGAAGGAAGAAACAAAUUAGAAAGACAUUCCCCUGUCAAGCAAAUUAUGAAAAUGAUUAUAUAUAAUUAUGAUUUUUCUGUGUAAAGUUUGCGAAAUGUUACUUCCAGAUUGUUACAAGUCAGAUAAGUCAGCAGUAUCGACUCUAAAUCUCUCCUUAACCCUUUAACACCUCAAAAAAUGUCCGUCUGAUUACUUUAACAAUAAAAGGGCUAGGAAAUGUGGCUUUUGCCCAAUUUUCCAGAAUAUCUUUCAAUAUCUGGCAGUUAUUUACGACGUACUGCUUGUUAAAGUAGCGUAUUAACAAUUUAAAAUGAAGAAAAACAAAAAAAACAUUGCAGUUGUACAUGAACACCAGAUUUGGCGUGGUCAAUAUGAAAUUUGAACAGUGUAAAACAUAUUUACAAUAACAUUUGUCUGAGUUUUGUCCCAAAAAAUUGAACCUCUGGUGACAAAGACACUGAUUCGUUGGCUUUCUGUGCGAGUGAAAUUACCACAAUAACCACACACAAACACAACUUCUCUUGCUUUUCAGAGACUGUGGGAUUUUUCUGAUAGCACGGACCAUCACGGAAUUACGGCAAGCGUUUCGUUCGCUGCGAUGCGCUCGGUUUUAAAGGGUUAAUGCGUAGUUCAUGAGGAACAUCUUUGCAUGGAAACUCGUCUGGGAGCAAAAUGGAGACCGGACUGAUCGAAUGCCACAGAACAAUCGACCCUCGACUGUGUGAAUAUGUAAAUAUAUCGAAAAACAUUCACUCCAAUUAAUGCAUUAAUAAACAUGUGGGAAUUACCGGCGUAACUAAACACAUACCACCAGCAUUUUUUUUACCGUUUUUACUGCUCAAUCCCUGAGAAACCAAACACUGUCGUGUGGUCCCGCCAAUCCACCCCCCCCCCCCCCCCCCCCCCCCCGCACUUGUACAAGCAAUCAUUCCAGGUUUUCUUCAAUGUGUCUACAUUUAUGUCCACGGCAUAUUGGUUUCCCCUUUGUGAAUGUUUUGAGUCCGUCCUCCACACCACAUUUUCUUUUAAACCUCAUCUACCUCUCAUCUCUACAGAAGCCAAGAACAAACAUGGUCGCUACUGCGCUCUUUCAUUCUGUCAUAACGACGCUCAUUUCCUCGUGAUGAUGGGAUAACAAAAAAUAAUAUAUAUAUAUAUAUAUAUACAUAUAUGUAUAUAUAUGUAUAUAUAAAUAAGGUUGUUCACCUCUUCACUCAUUCAUUUUUACUAGUUGCUGAAAAUGUCACAAAGCGGAGAAUCUAGAUAAUGUAUUGUGUCAUCAUUAAUAACAGGCCGCGUUAUCCCGUGAUCUUGAGAUAAACGAAUGAAAAGAUGUAGUCGCGAACGUGGCCCCCUCUCAGCUUCCGUACAUCUCUCCCUUAACUUUCCCCGCCUCUUUUCAGAGAAGACGAUGGAAGGCGCGUGACACAGCAGUCACUUUAUUCUGAUUUGUUAAAAAGGCGCAGGAGACGAACCGUCGCGUUCCGGCUUCACCACAGGAUUUUUACACACAGUUUUGCCUUUGUUGCUCGUCCCUUGCCAUUUGUUGAAAGGAUGAUUUUAGUAAUAAAAGAUUAAAUCGAAACAC